UCUAAUUUCCGCAAAAAUGAUUAACAAUAAAUAUUUGAAGUUUUGACUCGGUUACAGAUCAUAUACGAAAUAAAAGAUGGAAAAAUUCUUAUUAAACCACUAACAAACUCUCACGUAAACAUAGUGGCAAAUCUAACAGAACCUUGUUGGUUCAUUCAGACAAUUCAUCAAACAGUUGGGCUGCUAAUUUUGUCACACCAAAUCAAUCAGUAUGUACAGAGUUGCUAAAGCAUCGGAGUACCUGGUGGUGACCGGCGUGGGAAUCAUCGACAUCAAACUCGCGAAGAAAGCAUGGGUAUUCCCCGGCCAAUCCUACAGCAAAUUCGACGUAUCUCCGGUGAACUACACCUUCGAGGUGCAGGCCAUGAGCUCGGAGAAGCUCCCGUUCAUCCUCCCCGCCGUGUUCACGAUCGGCCCGCGCAUCGAUGACGAGGAAAGCCUCUUCAAGUACGCCAAGCUCAUCGCCCCACACGACAAGCUCUCAUGCCACAACAAAGAACUCGUGCAGGGGAUUAUCGAAGGAGAGACUCGAGUUCUGGCCGCUUCGAUGACAAUGGAGGAGAUUUUCAGAGGGACCAAAGAAUUCAAACAGGAAGUCUUCGAGAAAGUUCAAUUGGAAUUGAACCAAUUCGGGCUACUCAUCUACAACGCGAACGUGAAGCAGCUGGUGGAUGUACCUGGUCAUGAGUAUUUUUCCUACUUGGGGCAGAAAACUCAGAUGGAGGCGGCGAAUCAGGCGAAGGUUGACGUGGCGGAGGCGAAGAAGAAGGGGGAUCUGGGAUCGAAGGAGAAGGAGGGGGAGACUCUCCGGAACGCGGCGGCGAUCGACGCGGAGACGAAGAUUGCGUCGACGCAGAGGCAGGGGGAGGGGAAGAAGGAGGAGAUAAAGGUGAAGGCUGAGGUGAAGAUUUUCGAGAAUCUGAGGGAGGCUGAGCUGGCGGAGGCGAAUGCUGACCUGGCGAAGAAGAAGGCUGGUUGGUCGAGGGAAGCGCAGGUGGCGGAGAUUGAGGCAAACAAGGCGGUGGCUUUGAGGGAUGCUGAGUUGCAGAAGGAGGUCGAGGAGAUGAACGCCUUGACUCAGACGGAGAAGCUCAAGGCUCAGUUCUUGAGCAAAGCCGGCGUUGAGUACGAAACCAAGGCCCAAGAGGCGAAUUGGGAGCUAUACAAGAAGCAGAAAGAGGCCGAAGCACAUCUCUACCAGAAGGAGAAAGAGGCGCAAGCACAGAAAGCAACGGCGGAGGCCGGAUUCUACGGGCGGAAGCAAGCGGCGGACGGAGAUUUCUACGCCAAGAUAAAGGAAGCGGAAGGUCUGAAAGCACUAGCGGAAGCUCAGGGGGCUUACGUACGCACGCUUCUCGACGCAAUGGGCGGAAACUACGCGGCGUUGAGAGAUUACUUGAUGAUCUCCGGCGGCAUGUAUCAGGAUAUAGCCAAGAUUAACGCCGAGGCUGUGCGUGGGCUUCAGCCCAAGAUCAGCAUUUGGACUAACGGAAGCGGUGACGGUCAACAACAGAGUGGUAGUAAUAAUGCCAUGAAUGAAGUUGCCGGCGUUUACAAGAUGCUGCCGCCGUUAUUCAAGACCGUUAAUGAGCAGACUGGGAUGCUCCCGCCUUCAUGGAUGGGCACUUUGACCGACUCCACAAUAAAUAAUUGACCUUAUAUUAAUACCGAACCAAACUGAAAUAAUCGAUACAAAUUAAUUUUUGAAAUGAGGAGGAUCCAUCACAUUUAUUAAUAUUUUCAUAGAGCAUAUUAAUUAUUUAUUUAUAUUUGAAAUAAAUUACGGUCCGUUGGGCCAUAAUUUAAUAUGCUACUAAUUUAUUAACAGUUGAGACUUGAGCCAUUGAAAGGCCAACUUAUUCCAAGGUGA